GCAGUCUCUGGAGCUGAUUAUGUGAUUGAGGCUGUCGUCGAGAAGAGAAGCGUCAAAGACGAAGUUUUUAUUGAAGCUCAGCAGUUCUGUCCACCAAAUGCACUUCUGAUCACCAAUACAUCAUCAAUUCAACUAUCUGAUCUACUUCCAUGCAUUCAAGAUCAUUCUCGAUUCGCUGGACUUCACUUCUUCAAUCCCGUACCACUUAUGAAAUUGGUGGAGGUGGUCAGUACACCUGAUACCUCCACAGAAACGCACACGAAAUUGAUGCAGUUCUGCAUUUCACUUGGAAAGCGACCAGUUUCUUGUAAGGACACUCCUGGGUUCAUUGUAAAUCGACUUCUUGUACCGUAUCUUAUCGACAGCAUACGAAUGCUUGAACGAGGAGACGCUACCAAGGAGGAUAUAGAUGCAGCUAUGUGCUACGGUACGUCCUGUCCAAUGGGACCGCUAGCCCUUUGCGAUUAUGUUGGUCUUGACACAAUUGCUAACGUCAUGUCAGGUGAGAAAAUACACAUUAUAAGAUGA